AUGGCGGACUGGGCGGAGAACAACAUCGCCACUUGGGUGCAGGACUGGGGCCUGCAGCAGUACCAGGACAUCCUAGUCAGGAACUACGAUGACGUGGACCAGAUCUGCAGUCUCCACAAGGACGACCUGAACGUUUUCUUCGACGACAAUGGGGUUGUGGACGAGGCUGAUCAGCUGACCUUCACCCAUGCCAUUCAGGGGCGUCAGGCGCUGACGUAG